AUGUCGUCGGGCGGACCCAAAGACGGGGACUUACAGCUGGUGGCGGCGCCUGAAAGGAAAUUAGCGCUACCGCCAAAGCCACCGACAACGGCAAGCUCGACGGCGCUUGUGGAGUAUACGCCGCCGGUGUUCAAGGAGGAGGAAGAGGACCUCGAGAUCAAGCUCCGGAGGAUUCUCGAAAAUGUCCCCGUCCGCGUCAGCAAUACCUCAGGUAGCUCCGCCGGGUCGGGCUCCGGCGACUUUCAUCAGUAUCGGCAGAUGAGACGGAAAGAGCAAGACAGACUUGCUAGGAUGGAGGUGGACUAUCAAAGAAGGAAAGAAGAGGCUGAGUUCAUUAUGAGAAGGGAGGAAAGAUUAAAAUCAGCAGAAGAGCGGACAGCAAAGAAACGAUUGAAACGUCAAAAGAAAAAGCAAAGGAAAAGGAGAAGAAGAUUAAAACGAGUUCAGGUGGUGAAGAGAAUCAGAAAGGAGAGUCCACGGACGAGGAUGAGGGAAACUCUGAUGAUCAAACUGAACAAGCUUUUGAUAAGCUAUAAUUCUUGGUAUCCACGGGCAUAA